CACUGAUUCUGCGGUAAAGAUGGCCGCCUCAGAGGGGGCGCGCAGUGGCCGGAGCCAAACUAGACGACCCUAAAAGGGUUGAUUUUUACUCUGAUUUGCGGACAGAACAGAAACCAGUCUUAACUAGUGUUUCAUCUUAUAGGUGCCUCCGAUCCGUCGCCUAUAGAUUUCACAAAUAGCCUAAUAUUGCUAAUAUAAGUGAGGUGGGUGGGCAGAUAGUGAUAGCUGUCGCGCUAGCAGGCUUGCUAGGGUAGCUAGUAGCAGCUCGUUAGCUAGCAAGGAUAGCUGUCUAGCCCGCACUUCAAGAGGGCUCGAAAAAUACUCCCGUACAGGCCCUUUUCGCUCUUCUGGGGGAUGUAAUCGAAUAGGGCGGUGGGUUGGUUUGAGACGUCCCGAGGAUUGUAACACUUAACUCGGAGAGAAAUGGGACAACAGGUUGGACGGGUGGGCGAGGGGUCUUCUUCUGGGCUGCAACCCCAGCCGUCUCAGUCGCAGCUGCAGCACCCGGGCAAGGCAAGUCGCGCUAGUGGGUCCGGGAGGAGACCCAAAGAAGCGGCCACUAUAGGAACGCCGCCUGGCAGAGCAGUUCCUCCUAACAUGCCGGAUCCAGGAAUCAACAUCUUCACUCAACACUCAGAGGCGCUGCAUCGUCCCUUCGGACUGGACUCCUCGGCCUUGACGGAGGCGGGGCGCUGGAGUUCCAAGGAGAACCUGUUGGGGGCGGCAGAGAGCGACCCCAAUCUCUUCGUUGCACUUUACGACUUUGUCGCCAGCGGCGACAACACGCUAAGCAUCACGAAAGGUGAGAAGCUGCGCGUGCUGGGCUACAACCAGAAUGGCGAGUGGAGCGAGGUGCGCUCCAAGAACGGCCAGGGCUGGGUGCCCAGCAACUACAUCACGCCGGUCAACAGCCUCGAGAAGCACAGCUGGUACCACGGGCCCGUGUCGCGCAGCGCCGCCGAGUACCUGCUCAGCAGCCUCAUCAACGGCAGCUUCCUGGUCCGGGAGAGCGAGAGCAGCCCGGGACAGCUGUCCAUCUCGCUCCGAUAUGAGGGCCGCGUCUACCACUACCGCAUCAACACGGCUUCAGACGGCAAGGUGUACGUGACGUCGGAGAGUCGUUUCAGCACGCUGGCGGAGCUGGUGCACCACCACUCCACGGUGGCGGACGGCCUGGUGACCACGCUGCACUACCCGGCGCCCAAGCGCAACAAGCCCACCGUCUACGGCGUCUCGCCCAUCCACGACAAGUGGGAGAUGGAGCGCACCGACAUCACCAUGAAGCACAAGCUGGGCGGCGGCCAGUACGGCGAGGUCUACGUGGGCGUCUGGAAGAAGUACAACCUGACCGUGGCUGUCAAGACGCUCAAGGAGGACACUAUGGAGGUGGAGGAGUUCCUGAAAGAGGCUGCUGUCAUGAAGGAGGUGAAGCAUCCCAACCUGGUGCAGCUGCUCGGUGUGUGUACUCUGGAGCCUCCGUUCUACAUCGUGACAGAGUACAUGCCUCAUGGCAACCUGCUUGACUACCUGAGGGAGUGUGACCGCGAGGAGGUGACGGCUGUAGUGCUGCUCUACAUGGCCACCCAGAUCUCAUCGGCCAUGGAGUACCUGGAGAAGAAGAACUUCAUACACAGGGACCUGGCUGCGCGUAACUGCCUGGUGGGGGAGAACCACGUUGUGAAGGUGGCUGACUUUGGCCUGAGCCGCCUGAUGACGGGGGACACCUACACGGCCCACGCCGGGGCCAAGUUUCCCAUCAAGUGGACCGCGCCCGAGAGCCUUGCCUACAACACAUUCUCCAUCAAGUCCGAUGUCUGGGCGUUUGGGGUGUUGCUAUGGGAGAUUGCCACCUAUGGGAUGUCCCCGUACCCCGGCAUCGAUCUGUCUCAGGUGUACGACCUGCUGGAGAAGGGCUACCGCAUGGAGCAGCCGGAGGGAUGCCCCCCGAAAGUCUACGAACUCAUGAGGGCCUGUUGGCAGUGGAGCCCUUUGGACCGGCCCUCCUUCGCUGAGACCCAUCAGGCCUUUGAGACCAUGUUCCAUGACUCCAGCAUCUCUGAAGAGGUGGCUGAGGAGCUUUGCAAGACGUCCAGCCACAGCACCUCCUCUCAGUCCUUCGGCCACGACCUCCCGCUGCUGCCCUCCAAGGGCUCGUCGCGCACCUUACGCAAGCACGCCGAAAACAAGGAGAACAUUGAGGGAGGUCUGGACAGCGACGGAGGAGAAAGAGGCGGAGGAGGUCUUGGUCCCGCAGGCCUGAUGGCGUCCCUGCUGGGUGGCGAAGGCCGGUCGGGCAGCUCACCCGCAUUACCAAGGAAACAGCAGCAGCAGCGGGACAAAUCUCCCAGCAGCCUCCUGGACGACGCCUCGUCGUGCGAGAGCAGCACCUUCACGCGGGACCGCAAGGCUGGCUUCUUCAGCUCCUUCAUGAAGAAGAAGAGCUCCUCCUCCUCGCCCACCACCACCUCCUCCUCCUGCUCCUCUUCCUCCUCGCCCUCCCAGCACAACCUGCCCAUGCCCCCCAAGAGGAGCAGCUCCUUCCGGGAGAUGGAGACGCAGCCGCACAAGAAGUAUGAGCCCACGGCCGCUUUCUGCAACCCCCCUCCCCCGCUGCCCGACGGCCUCGGCUUCUCCCCGUCGCACGGAGAGGCCAACCACAUUCAGGCGCGCUGUUGCGGCGCCGCCUUCGGACAGAAGCCCUCGGACAGGCAGCCCUCCGGUGGCCAGGUGGGGAAUAGCAACAGCAGCAGUAGCAGUAGCAGCAGCUGGGGCAGCCUGGCUGGCUUCUUCACCCCGCGGCUCAUCAAGAAAACUCUGGGCCUGCGCUCGGGUAAACCUUCAGGCGGCGGGAGCAGUGGAGGAGGAGGAGAGGAGAAGCCCUUCCCUCGCUCCAACUCCACCUCCUCCAUGUCAGCCGGCCUGCCCGACCUGGAGCGCAUGGCCCUCACGCUGCCCCGCAAGAGCAGCAGUAGCAGCAGCAACCAGAAACCACCGCUGGAGAGGACUGCGUCCACCACCUCGCAGCCCGAGAACGGAGCGCACCACCCCCCCGGCAGGCCGUCCGAGGGGCCCAUCACGCUCCGCAGGCUGGACGAGGGCACCGCGCAGAUCCGCGAGCGCCCGAAAGCCAAGCUGCUGCCCAGGGGAGCGUCGGGAGGGGUUAGGGGCACUGGGGUGGGGGGAGAGGGGGACGGUGGUGGCGUACAGCAGGACUUGGGUUCGCAGGACAGGCAAGGCUGGGCGUCCCCGUCCAAAAGUAGUAGUAGUGGGGGUGUUGGGUCGGGUUCGGUGAGUCUGCACAACCACAAGGUGCCCGUGGUGAUCUCGCCCACCCUGAAGCACGGCAGCAACACUCCUGAUGGAGGGAGCGGGGGCGGGGGGCACAUGGUGGGGGUGGACUCGCAGGGUAACCGCUUCAAACUGCUGUCGGACGGUGAACGAGACAGGCCCUCGCGCCUCGUCAAGCCCAAGUGCGCUCCCCCUCCGCCCCCCACCCUGCGCUCGCUCUCCCAGCCCUACGGCACUGACCUGCAUGACGACCUCUCCCCAGAGGUCAUGAACGGCGGGGCCGAGGUGCCUACCCCCACCAAACGCUCCGGCCGCGUGGGACUAGGCGGAAGCGAGAGAGACAGAGACAGAGACAGGGGGAGGCCGGGCAUACCCCCUCCCCAAAUCCCCCCCUCGCCCUCCUCCACCCCCACCAAACUAGCCAACGGGGCGUCGACCUCCACGCCCCACCAGUCCUCCGUGGCCUCCAAGGUGGCUCUUCGGCGGACACGGCAGCAGGACCGAGGGACGGAGCGCGGAGUGGGGGCGGGGGAGCGCGGCGUGAGCAGGGAUGCUCUGCUGGAGUGUGCUGAGUCUCUGAGUAGCGCUCUGCUGUGCAGCCCCGAGCCCAGCUCCUCCAGCCUUGUGCUGGACGCCGGGCACCAGCUGCUGGACUGCUGCGCGGGCUACGUGGACUGCAUCCCGCACACGCGCAACAAGUUUGCCUUCCGCGAGGCCGUGAGCAAGCUGGAGCUGAACUUGCAGGAGCUGCGCGCCUCUUCCUCCUCUGGGGGGGGAGGGGGUGGGGUGCUGGGGAGUUCGCCGGCGCUGGACAAUUUGCACAGUUGCAUCAAGGAGAUCAGUGACGUGGUGCAGAGGUAGCCACUGUGAACACCCUGAACUCACCCUGAACCACCACCCCACCCAACCCCCCACCUUUACCUCCGCAAACAAAAAUACCCCCCCCCCCCCCCCCCCAACAUCCCCAUCCCUUACCCCCUUGCCUUGCGCCCUUUCCACAUCCUCCUGACUGCCUCUGAAAUGUCAUCUCUCUUCUUCAGUCUCUCAAUAUCUCCAUUUCAAAGUGCGAAACAGACCACCGGGAAAUGACAAAAAUGGGUUUUGUAACGUUUUUUUUCUUUCCGUAAUUUAGGUUUUUGGGGGGACAAAGAGUGCAAAUCUCAAAAGUACCUCAAAUGCAAACAUACGCAUACAGACACAUAGACACAGACACAACAUACACAGUCACAGGGACAACAGUAUACUCAAGAAUGGUGUCUUCUACAUAUUGUUUACAGCUGGGUCCCAGUACACAGCCAUGGGGAACAACGUUCUGAACGCAUGCAUACAUAAGCUCCUCCUACUCUGCAUACCAAACUACACCUACCUGUGAUUGGAGUUGCUCUGACGACCAUCUAUCUGUGACUGACCAAUCAUACACCAGUCCAACGCAUCAGGUCAAAGGUUAUAUCAGUCAGUCAGUCAGUCAGGGUUUUACCUCUAGUGACACUGCAGCAUGACAAGUACAGUACACACUGAUGAAGUGCCACCACAUGUCUCUGACACCUACACUAUAGCGAUAGGGGUUGCUGUUUACGUGACAGACUUUAGCUGUAUCCAAAAUGUUCAAUGGUUCACUACAUACGUCACUAGGUAGGGUACAAGUUGCGUUGUCAUGUACCCUACAUAGCGCACUACGUAGUGAAGGGACUGAACGUUUCGGAUCCAGCCCAACACUUUAGCCAUAAGAAUUUGAUGUCUACAUGAGAUGCUAACACUCUAGCCAUAGGGGUUUGAUGUCUACAUGAGAUGCUAACACUAGCCAUAGGGGUUUUGAUGUUGACAUGACACGCCAACACUACACCUGUAGCGUUAGGGGUUUGCACACACAUCGUUCCACACUGUGCAACACUUACAGCUUUCUCACAUGCAUAUCUCUUGAAAACUGGAUGCCAUCUAACCCAGUGCACAAACUCCACAAGUAUAUCAGUUGGACUGACGUGUACUAUAAAGUACAAGUGCAGUGUGGAUGCAAUCCUCCCCGUCAUCAGGCCCAUCCUACAGAGCCUGUAUUUAGUUGUGUAGUUAGAAGCGUCUUUUGGUUCAAUCUCAAUGUUGGGUUUUUAAUUCAAUUUAAUUUGACCGUUGCUAGUCAACGACUAAUUAUCCAACACAAAUAUCUGUACAUGCACAUGCUCUGCCCCUACCCCUUUAGUUGAAUUGAGCCAUACACAUUUCAUCUCAGCCAUAUCUGGUUGACCCAGACAUUUCAUCUCAAGCGGAGUAUUUGUGGUGCUGUUUGGGUUUUUAAAGAGUCUAUCAUUUCCUGGGAGUAGGCAAUAGAGUUGCGAUGACGUCUAAUCUGAAAGCAUCUCAGCUCACAGAAACAUCCAAUGGCUGCGCUGUUCCUGUGCGUAACCAUCCAAUGGGGAACAGGCUAAGCUGUUCCUGGGUAGAAGCAUUCAGUAGAAAAGGGACUUGUUGUCUCUGUGCAGAAGUUGCCUUUACAUUUGAGCAGUGCUGUGAUCUAUCAGCACUGUUUUUAUGUGCCUGGUUUGCUACUAGACGCAACACUGAUGAGAAUUACAGCAUUUAAUGCCCACCACAAUUCCAGUUUGUUAUGGAAAGAGCGAAGUUGAAAGUUGGAUUUCAGAGGUGCAUUUUUUUAAGUUUUAUUUUAUUAUUUUUGUAUUAUUGUUUUAUACCUGCACAACAAAAUGUGUGGUGUUGGUUUCACUUUAGAAUGUGUUUGUGUAUAAACUUGAAUUUUUAAAUUAUUUUUUAUUAAAAGCACAGACAUCUUUUUUAAAAAUCAUUUCCUGUUUGUUUUGUAAAUAUUGUGCGUUAUAUUUGAUGGAAGUGGCGCUGCCCUUGGGUACUAGGGUAUAUGCAGCUGGACUGAUGAUCAGAGUUGAAAUGCAGAAAUGGACGAGGGAAACCCUCCAUCCCCAUCUCUUUCAUUACACUAUGAAUGUAUGCAGUCCUUUCUCUCUCUCUCUCUCGCUCUCGCUCUCUCUCUCUCUCUCUCUCUCUCUCUCUCUCUCCCUGUUUUAAUUUCUCUCCCUCUCUCUUUAUCUCUCUGGCAAUCUAUUUAUCUAUCUCUUGCUGCCUCUCUCUGUCUCUCAGAUGCAAAUGUUGGAAUGUACGGAGUCUUUUUUUGUUUUUACAUCCCCUGUCCUUUAAUAAGUGUGCAGUUACGCACCCGUUUGAAGUCUUGGCCAUCAGUAUGAGUUCAAUUGAUGGAUGCGUUGACUGCCAUGUUCACUAUAGACUUAAAAGAAAUCGGUUCUCUUCUGUGCCUAAGAGCAUACUGGGUCAACACACACACAUACACACAGGAGUUCUUACUUGCGUCAGGAGCUCAACGUAUGCUGUGUGGCAUCUGCCUUGUCCAGAGCAUGUCUUGAUGAUAGCCCAUUUCAUCACUCUAAGUCAGACUCCUUUUAGUAGACAUAAAGUAUGUUACUUCAUAAUGCAAGAAAAAUGUAGUUUCUCACUGCAAUAUUUUUUAAACAUUCAUGAUAUCAAAUAAUUGACUAACAAAAAAACGCCACAAUUGAAAAUUUGAUUCAGUGAGUCCUCUUGUGAGUGCACAUGUGUCAGUAUUGGCAGCAUGUACACUGGAGAGAUGGGAGAGCAGGCUUUGCUUCUAGACACAUUAUCUUGUAGGCCUUUGUGUAACCCAUCCAUGGAGACAGCUGUAGCGACUUCGACAUUCAGCGUUCCACACGUCCUCAACGCCGCUUUGAAACACCCAAUUACAAUUCAGAUCCUCCAGCGCAGCCAAUGUGUAGAAUGUUGCAUAGCGUCACCAUGGCAUCAUGAACAGACAGCUGCCACCACGUGUCACUCUCUGUCCCUCUUAUCUCAUGAUGGUAAUGCUAGCCAAGGGCCAUAUCCUACUUUAUGUUCGAUGGCGCUUUGGUUCAAGAUUUGAUUUGUUUUGUGCACUAGGUGGAAUGGGCAGACGUGGUUACCUCUCACAAAGAGAGAUGGCCAAUGGAAAAAAAAUCCUUCUCUGUCAUCUCCAAUUGCUAGAGUCAUAUGGCAUCCGGUUGUCCAUAUUCUGUUGUCCAUUCUCCAUGCGAGAGGUAGAGAGCCUGCCAUCAUGUGUUGCAUGUGAUAUAUUAUACCUUGCAGGACGAUGGUCACAGUGUAAUGUCCUGUUACCACAGUCUGGUUACAGUGGCCUGAUGGGUAAUCAUGUCCCAUACCACCGUCUUGUUACAGGGCCUCACAAUGCAUAGUGGUUAUACACACACAUCAGGUACAUGCUUGUCUUGUGCAGCCUUGCUUUUGCCACUACAAUGAGGUUCAUGUUUUUUUUUUCAAGAAAGAAUGGAUAUAUUCAACAUAAUAUGACAAAAAAAUAUAUGGUUAUUAAUGCCUGCUUUUUUUCCUUUGCCUUGUACAACUUAAAAAAUGUCCAUGCAAUUGAAACUGAGGAAUAGACAAACCUGUUCAGGAACAAGUGCAUUAUAAAAUAUGUUCUCUCUUGCUGCCUCCUGCAUCCUCUAUGGAUGUCGUAAGGCCUGUGCUCUGGAUGGCAACAUGCCUGAUGAUCUGCCCCAUUUUAUUAUGCCCCAUUUUACGCGACUACCAUGAUGUUUCUGUGGCUUCUUUUUAGACAUUAAGUCCUAUUUAUUUGAUGCCUUAUUUAUUUUCCAUUUCAUUUUUCUUUUUUCUAACCCUGGAAACUCCUUUAGCUGUCUAAAAA